GUAACUGGCUGCGCGCAGUGAUUUUACAUCAAGUUCAAAAUAUAGGAAACAGAACAGAACAGACAUUUUAUUUUAACUUAUACAUAAGUACAUCGUCUUAAUACAAACAGUAUAAAAAUAUAAGGGCAUAUAGUCGCUGAACGUGUUAAAGGGCAAAACGCAGCAUGGCAAGACGUUGGAGUUAUUAAUUAACGAGAAAUGCUUGUCGUUCCAAACGGAGUAGUCUACCGGUUUGUACUACAUGUUUGUUUACUAAAAUAUGUCAACGAACCGGUAUCGCCAUUCGACCGUUAGCGAUGCGUAACGAGGCAUUGCGAAAACUAAAUAAAAGACCAUUCAAUGGAUUACUUAAAUCCGCGUCAACAGUGACAAACACUAACACUUUAUUUACUCAAGUGCACGGGAAGUUCAUCAAACUGUCAUGAAGUUGUGUGAAUAACAAACCGGAAAUAACCAACCUCUUGUCAAGAGUGUGACAACUCGCCUUUUGUUUGAUGGAUAUCAACACUCGAUGUAGUCAUGUGGAGGUUAAUUGUAAAGUUUUUUAACAUGUUUUAAAAAAGUUAAGAAUAAAAAUAAUUUGAAAGUAAUGUAUUACAGGGCAUGGAUACUGAUGACCAUAUGCUCAAGUGUCGUCACCAUGGCUUCCGGCGUGUCGCCCCAGAAACUCCUAAAACGUCGAGGAGAGCCGGCCACUUUGAUGUGCCUGUAUCAGGGAAUGGAAGCCUCAACAACGAUUCGCUGGAAGUCUUCAAAAGAGGGACUGUUGACGAAUGGAAUUAUUGUUUACAAGAACACGAACAACUUGGAAGUUCAGAAACCGACUCAGAACGACUGGAACCUGAUCAUUAAAAAGGUUGACGACGCCUUUGCAGGAGAUUAUACGUGUGAGACAAGCACUGGAUUUGUAAUUGCUAGAUGGACUUUGGAAAUAGUCGAUGGUCCCAAGAUUAUCCAUGAAAGUUCGUCUCCAGAUCACGUGACGUUCCCAGAAGAAAGCUCGCCUGAACUGCUAUGCAAGUUCUCUGGUGUUCCUAAACCUACAGUGCGCUGGUACCGGGUGUUGACGGACGUCGUAGACACGGGGAUAACUGGAGAGAAACUUCGUUUCCCGGAUGUGACACGUUACGCGUCUGGAAGUUACACUUGCGUGGGCACGAACAAAGUUAGCAGCUUCAACUACACGAUUGACCUAAAGGUGACAUUCCCCGUUGAAGUAGAUGUGAUGAAGGAAGAAAUAUCUGCCAGAAAGGGGGAAGUUGUCUCCCUUGUUUGUGUGGUGCAGGGACAGCCGAUACCGAAAGCUUACUGGACAAAUCCAAAUGGCGACAAGAUAAUCAAUAAUUGGCAAUUCGAGGUGGUCGAGGAAGGUGACGGCGAUAAUCCGGUGAGGUUUGUAACGGCCACGUCCAAACCUGGCGCCCUUGGAUUCCACGACUUUGGGGACUAUACCUGUGUAGGAGAUGGCGACAGCAACACAGCUACGAAAGUGACACAGCUGAAGCUAUCAAGUGAUCCGGCGAGUGGUGUGAUCUUCUACAACUAAGCGAGGAAUUCUUUACUGACCUUCAUGGUUCCAUCGCAAGACAGUGGUCAUCUACAUUUCAGACAUGAACACGGUGCGAACAAAUGAAGACCAUUGGAAACCUCGUGCAGCAAUAUACAAGAUAGUUAACAAAUGAAUUAACAUCAUCGUGGACUUUUGUUUUGAAUAAAAAAAAUGCUUUACUAUGCGAUAAUUUAAAAUAGAUUAAAUAAUAUAAUAUUAUAUUAUUUCGAUUAGUGUGUUACAAUCAAGGAAUUGUUUAAAAUAAAGUGGGGAAGCUUAUAUGUCAAUGAUGACUUUUUUUGCAUCAUUUUGUAUUCGGACACAUUUUAUUAGAAUAAAAGAUUUUCAUAUUC